CCGCACAGAUCACACAGCAGAUAUUCCCCGAAAAGCUCCAAAACAAGGAAGGCACGCUCUUGCUCUGUUCGCUCCACCCACCCCUCCCUCCCGUUGUUCGUCGCUUUCCUCUCUCGCCGGCUCUAGGAAACAGAAUCUCGACGAUCGAUCACAUGGCGUCGUCGUCUCCUUCGUCGACCAGUAACCCUGACGAUGGUAAUAAUGCGGAGAAGCACGAUCCCAUGAUGCCGAACGACCAGAACGUCCUGCAGAAGCACGCCGCCUUCUUCGACCGCAACCACGACGGCGUCGUCUAUCCCUGGGAGACAUUUCAAGGUUUUCGAUCGAUCGGCGCUAGCCUCUUCAUGUCCACCGUCGCUGCCGCCUUCAUCAACAUCGGACUCAGCCAGAAAACUCGCCCUGGCAAAUUCCCUUCCUUUCUGUUUCCAAUCGAAGUCAAGAACAUCCAAAAGGCCAAGCACGGAAGUGAUUCUGGCGUCUACGAUUCUGAAGGAAGGUUCGUUCUGUCGAAAUUUGAAGAAAUUUUCGGGAAGCACGCACUGACGCACCCGAAUGCCUUGACAUCGGAUGAACUGCAGGAGAUGCUCAAGUCCAAUAGGCAACCCAGGAACUACACAGGCUGGUUGGCGAGCUACGCGGAAUGGAAGGUCCUGUACAUUCUUUGCAAGGACAAGAACGGUCUGCUUCACAAAGACACGGUCCGGGCCGUGUACGACGGGAGCUUGUUCGAGCGCAUGGAGAAGGACCGAGCAUCCAAAAAGCAGAAGGACUGAAUCGAUUGACUUUAGGGCAAAACUGCUACGGCGUUCGACCUCUCGUUGGUUGGCUGUAAAUUCCGUUUGUUAUUUCGAAUCGUUAUUCAUACAUCGAAUGAUGAAAGACAAUAACUAAAGCAGAAACCCCGAUGUGUUUGGCUUGUUGAUUUUUAGUGCUUUUACUGAUGUAGUUUACAAUGCAAGUGUUUAUUUGUGAGCAUGCCCCUUAAUGUGGCAGCUGCCUUAUCGAAUCGAUAUUGUUUGUGACAAUAAAGCUGUACCCACCUUCCAUGUGCCGGAUUCACGAUGAAAUUUUCAACUUCAUUUU